AUGGAGGGCAAGGUGGCGAUGGUCACCGAAGCCUCAUCAGGCCUUGGCCGUGACCUUCGUCUUGACCUUGCUAAAGUUGGUUGCGAGAUAGUGGCCGCUGCCCGCCGAGUGGACCAAAUCAAUCACAUCCCUUCUUCUCCUUCUUAUUCUUCGCCAACUGUCCGGGCCGUCGCUAUCGAGCUCGACAUCACCGCUAAUGGUCCUAACAUCGAGGCCACCGGACUGAAGGCUUGGGAAGCAUUUGGUCGUAUCGAUGCCUUGGUUAAUAAUGCCGGUGUUAGGGGCACUGUGAAGUCUCCAUUGGGAUAUAUCUGA